AUGCCAUGUGCAGCCAAUAAACGCCUCUUCACUAUAGGCAGUACGGAUGGUAUAUUGGCCUUGAAGGAUCGCCUCGACCGGGAGGCCUUUCUGGAGCACAUGUUGGUGAUUUGUGCUCGUGACGGACCUACAGAAGUAUCCUAUGCACAGCAGCAUUUGAAGCCUGAAGAAGAUCCUGUAGCCGGUAGACAGGAGGCGUCGUCCUUCCCGGUUGUCACGCUCGCCAGUCCCGGAACAGUGGCCGCCGUACGACUGUCCGCCUGUCUUGAGGUGCAUGUCACGGUUGGUGAUGUCAACGAUGAGCCGCCUCGUCUGAGUCUGGCUUCAUCGAGUACGACGAGUCAGAACGUGGUUCGGCUCAGCCUGUCGGUGUCCGAGGACGCCGAGCCCGGCAGUCGAGUGGGCGAGCGUCUCGAGUUUGUCGACGAGGAUGUCGCAGCAUCCGGUACCCUCGGCGAAGGCUUCGAAGUGCGUCUGGUCGCGGCCGAGUUGGGGUUGGAGCCGGCCUUCGGUUUGGUACCGGCUGUUGCCGCGUCGAGCGCCUGGCGACUGCCCAACUUGCCGGGCCGUGGGCCUCGUUGCCAGGCCUACUGGUUGAUGACACGACGUCGGCUCGAUCGAGAGCAGACGGCCGUGCACAGAUUCCGCUUGCUGGCCGUCGACCCUCGGGCGAACAAGCCGGGCCGGAGUCGAGGCAGUGGCCAGGACUCGAGCCCAGGGUUGACAAGCACCGUUGAGGUUGAGGUGCGACUGCAAGACGUCAACGACUGUGCUCCACAGUUUCUGGCACCCGCAGCCUCGGAAUCGGAUACCACUAAGCCUCGGCCAGCAGCGCCGGACGGCGUAGACACGCAAGGCGGUUGGCCUGACAACCCAGUUCAGGUGUCCUGGCGUGAGGAGUCCGGUUCGCGAAUCUACAAAUUGGUCGCUCGUGACAACGACGCGGGGCGAAAUGGUUCGGUGGAGUACUCGCUUUUGGGACUGGUACCGGCCGCCUCCAACAUCCGGUUUGGCGGAGACGACGGUGCGGGCGCGAAAGACCAAACUGGAAGUCGUAAGACGAAACCAACGAAUGGCCAACCCAACGACAGAGGCCAGCCCUUUUUGUCCGUCGAGCCGGAGACUGGCUGGAUCCGUCUCACAAGGCAACUCACUAAAGCCGACUUGGACAGGUGGGCUCAUAGAAAGGCUAAAAUAUAUUUUUAUUAA